CUUGUCCUCCAGGUUGGAACUAUUUUUAAUUAUUUGCCAUUAGUCCCAUAAAACUGUAGCAGUAACAAGUUUUUUUCCUUGUUUUGUAGGGUUUUUGUGUGUCAGCAGAGGGCUCUCUUUUCCUUCUCAUAUCUGUCCAGCUGGCUUUUAUUGUCUAGGCAUAGAAAACAGCAACUUGCAAUACUCUAUAACCUGCUCACCGGGAAACAAGUGCCCACCUGGAUCUGAAAGACAGGUGCCCUGCUUGCCUGGGACCUAUCAGAAUUUGCCGGGUCAGGCAGACUGUAUUGAAUGUCCUGCAGGAUUUUUCUGCCCUGGCCUGGUUAGUGCAGAUGCUGGUCAGGUGUCUGGAUCUCACACUCCUAUGCCUUGUCCUAAAGGACAUUAUUGCCCACCUGGAACUCAGACUGGUGUAGCGUUCCCAUGCCCAGCUGGCACUUUCAGCAGCCAGAUGGGGUUGUCCAAUAAGUCAGGGUGUGAGCUCUGCCCCCCUGGAAGAUACUGCAGUUCCUCUGGACUGGCUUCUCCCUCUGGGGUCUGCUCUCCUGGUUACUUCUGUAUCCAAGGUUCUGUUUCUGCCCAACCAGAGGAGAGUCCAACCGGACAGCGGUGCUCUGCUGGGUCCUAUUGCCCACAGGGAACAAGCUACAUGGUUCCUUGCCCUGCAGGCACAUUUAGCUCCAUAGAAGGUGCAGUGUCUAUAGAAGUAUGUCAGCCUUGUUUGCCUGGCCACUACUGUGCUAAGCCUGGAGCAUCUUCCCCGUCUGGACUCUGCAACCCUGGUUUCUACUGCAGAGAGGGAUCGCCAGCUGCUUCACCUUUGAGAAAUAUCACUGGAAAAGUGGCAUCUUCAGCCAGAUUUGAUGGUGAUUCAGUCCAUGGAGAUGUGUGUCGUGCAGGCUACUACUGUCCAAAAGGCAGCACAAAACCAAACCCCUGUCCUCCAGGGAUCCCAAACACAAACUAG